UUCGCAUUCUCAUGCUGGCCCGACACAGGGUUCCUGUUUUCUCUCGUAGCAGGCAAAAUGGCUUCCCGGUGGAUCUUCUGGCCCAUGGUUCUCUCAGGCGUCCUCCUUUCUGGUGAUUUCAAGGGUACGCAAGAUGGCCCCAGCACGAAGAACGCAGAGACUCCUGCCAGCACCAAUGAUUGGAAGUGGAAAGCAGCAGCUGAGGGAAGCAACGGAUCCUUCUCUCAGUUGCUCCAUCGAAUAAGACAGGAUCCAGUGAAGAAACAGGCCAAAAAGCCUCCUGCCCUUCCAACAGCUUCACGCCUCUCGAAGGCUCUCCAGGAAGAGACCACCUCCUUCCCCACGGAGAUCAUGACCAAAGUUGCACUGAAAGGUUCUCCAAAGAACUUGCUGCCACAAACCAAACCAAGUAAGAUGAAAUCAAAGCCUCUUCCCCUAGAAAUGACUGUAACGUGGCCAUGGCUGCUUGACGUCACCUCCAAACCCUCUCAGGCGCCUCUUUCCACAGUGACAUUGGAGCAAGACUUUGAGACUACUGGACCUGGCUCCACAAGAAAAGACUCCCUCCAUCCUUUGUUCAAAAAAAUCACACCUAGUCUGGCAUUCUUGGACGAUCUAUCUACUGCGUCCUCUCACGAUCUGAUUGAUGAUUCAGGAUUUUCCACAGCUACCCAGAACCACAUCCCACCCUCACCUAAACCAGACACAAAGUCAAAAAUAAAACUUCCUCUCUUAACAGCUACUUCUGCAACACCACAACAUCUGGAUGAAAUCUUGUCUACAUCUCAGAUUUUGGUGGAUGACACAGAGUUUUCCACAGCCACCCAGAAGCAUAAGUUCGACUCAGGUAAGCCCGGCCUAAAUCCAAGGGCCAAACCUCCCCUUGUAAAAGGUACAUCUGAGCCCUAUAAAACACAGAAAUGGCUGGAUGAAAUGGUGUCUACAACCUUGGCUUUUUCUACAAAGUCCCCGAGACAAAGCUUGGGUCUUAUCACAUCGAGUUCCUCAGCCACCACCCAAGGGAAGUCUCCCGUUGCCAAUGAUACCAUCCCUCUGAUUGGAAAGUGCUUGCUGGCCAUCCUUCUCCUGGCCCUGGUGGCCGCCAUCUUCAUUGUAUGCUCCGGUGUCCUGGCCAUCAUGCUGUGGCGUCAGAAGAGAGCCUACAGACUGGGCCAGGCCAACCACACAGAAAUGGUCUGUAUCUCGUCCCUGCUAUCUGCUGAGAAGGAGGAGGAGGAGGAAGAGGAGAGGAGGAGGAGACAGCCCAAAGUGAAGCGGGUACAACUUCUCGGGGAGACAGCAUCCGAGAUGGAGGCGGACAACUUAACUCUGAACAGCUUCCUCCCAGAGCAUUAAUAGUUGGUGCUCCAGACAUCUUUGGUUCACCUUCUUAGAGCCUCUUGAUCUUCUCCAAGACCGUCAUCUGAACCCAGGACUAUAUCUGCGGUACAUCCGUAUCUUCUCAUCUGGGUGGACCCUUUGCACUGACUCAUACAUUUGUUUGCCUGCUAUAGAAACCCAACAUUUAUGUCCUGCAAAGUGUCGUUUCUUGGAGAACUAUUGUGGCUUGUUGAAAACAAGACUUGGCACACUGUUUUUCUGCAGCCCUGCAGAUCAGAUUAGAGGUGCCUGGAAAGGAGACAUUCUGAAAUACGUAAAUUAUUUUUUAGUUAGAUUGUUACUUGGUUUCCUCCCAGGAGCUCAAGGCUUAGGUCAGUGGUGAAAUCCCAUUUUUUUUACUACCGGUUCUGUGGGUGUGGCUUGGUGGGUGUGGCUUGGUGGGCGUGGCAGGGGAAGGAUACGACAAAAUCUCCAUUCCCACCCCACUCUGGGGCCAGCCAGAGAUGGUAUUUGCCGGUUCUCUGAACUGCUCAAAAUUUCCACUACCCGAACCUGUCAGAGCCUGCUGGAUUUCACCCCUGGCUUAGGUCCUCCCUGCUCCCCCAGACUGUGAAGAUCUUGUUCAGCUACUCCUCUGCCAUAGGAAGGUCUCGCUUUUUUUUUUUUUAAUUUGAUUUAUAUGCCGCCCUUCUCCGGAGACUCAGGGCGGCUUACAAUGCGUUAAGCAAUAGCCUUCAUCCUUUUGUAUAUUUAUACAAAGUCAGCUUAUUGCCCCCACAAACUGGGUCCUCAAUUUACCUAUCUUAGAAAGGAUGGAAGGCUGAGUCAACCUUGAGCCUGGUGAGAUUCGAACUUACUUUAAUUGCAGACAGCUGGUGUUAAAUUAAAGUGCUUUAGUGUGCAGAGCUAUCCAGGCAUUUCCUUUUUUGAAACCAUCAUAUCUAGAAAGUAAUAACUGAAGCGUGAAAUCUCAGAACAGACCUAAACAUUUCCGCUUUUUUUGUAUUUUAUUACAGAACUAAGAUUUCUAGAGUGUUUUUGAGAUGGAUUGAGUUGAAUGGAGGGUGGGGGGGGUGGUCUUAAGUAAUUCACGUUUAAAAUAAUUAAAACAUUUUGAAACGCAAGAGUGGUUGUAGCAUCCCUGGAACCAAUCGGCCAUUGCAGAAACAUCAU